GCCUGCCCUGCGGUCUGGUCCUGGUACCAGCGCAGAACCAACUCCCUGAGCUGCCCUAAGCAGCAGACCAGCUGCGAGUGGGUUUCUGCAAGCCGGAGAAGGCGCCCAGGCCUGUCCAGGGUUUCCUCAGGUCUGCCCCUCUGUUGUUCCCAGCGCAUCGUGACAUCUGAAAAGGAGGAUCGACCUGCCCAGGAUCCCUGCAGGACAAGAAAAGGAGGGAAAUCUUGACAUGGAAAAACUCCGCGAUGAAAACGAAGGGAAGCUGGAAAAGGAGGGAAAGCCAGAAGUUGAAGUAGAGUCUGACGAUGAAGAAAAGUCGGAUGGGGAAGAGAAGCCCGACAAGAAAGCAAAGCCAGCACGCGAGGGCAAGCUAGAGGAGGCAAAGCCAGAUGAGCAGGGACAAGCACAGGAUGAGGGGAAGUCAGAAAAGCAGGGGAAGUCAGAAGGGGAGGACAAGCGCCAAGGGGAGGGCAAACAUGAUUCCCAGGCAAAGCCAGCCAGCGAGCCGCGGGCCGCAGAAAAGCGCCCUGCUGAAGAUUACCUGCCGCAGAAAGCCAAGCGAAAAACAGAUAGGAGCACAGAGGAUUCUCCCAAGAACUCCCAGGAAGACUUCCAGGGCAGGCAUGUCAGCAGUGAGGAGAUGAUGAGAGAGUGUGCAGAUGUGGCGAGGGCGCAGGAAGAGCUGAGGAAGAGGCAGAAAAUGGGAGGUUUUCCCUGGUUGCCAAGAGAUGCUGCACAGGAUGCUCUAGUCCCCCGGGGACCACGGGGAGUCAGGGGAGUGAGGGGCGGAGGAGGCAGGGGCCAGAGGGGCCUACAUGACAUCCCGUACCUUUAA